CGACAUAUUAUCGUCCAGCAAACAUGUCGGUCCAAUCUCUUGUAAACAAAAAGAAGAAGGAUUUUAUUGGUCUUCCAUCACCACUCGGCUAUGUACCUGGUCUAGGAAGAGGUGCAACUGGAUUCACCACUAGGUCUGAUAUUGGUCCUGCCCGUGAUGCAAGUGACAUCUCAGAUGACAGGCAUGCACCUCCAGUAAAGAAACCAAAGAAUGAUGAUGAAGAGGAGGAAGAUCUAAAUGAUGCAAAUUAUGAUGAGUUCUCUGGUUAUGGAGGUAGUAUAUGCAAGAAGGAUCCUUAUGACAAAGAUGAUGAAGAGGCAGAUGAAAUUUAUGAAGCUGUGGACAAAAGAAUGGAUGAAAAAAGGAAAGAACGCAGAGAAGAGCGCUUGAAAGAGGAGAUAGAAAGAUAUCGUCAAGAAAGACCCAAGAUUCAACAACAGUUUUCAGAUUUAAAGAGGGAACUAAAAGAUGUUUCAUUUGAUGAAUGGAGUAGUCUCCCAGAAGUUGGAGAUGCCAGGAAUAGAAAACAAAGGAAUCCUAGGAAAGAAGUGUAUACUGCCAUGUCAGAUUCUUUCCUUGCUAAGGCGGUGCAACAAGGUCAGAGCUCUACAGCUAUUGACCCUAGAGACCAAAAAUAUGGGGGCCUAGAUACCCCCUUCCCAGGUGGGAUGACACCAGGGGGCACCACUUCUACAGAUAUUGAUAUGAAGAAAAUUGGGCAGGCUAGGAACACUCUCAUGGAUAUAAAACUUACUCAGGUAUCUGACUCGGUGAGUGGACAGACAGUGGUUGAUCCUAAAGGUUAUUUGACUGAUCUCCAGUCAAUGUUGCCGUCUCAUGGUGGGGAUAUCAAUGAUGUUAAAAAAGCCAGAUUAUUGUUGAAAUCUGUCAGAGAAACAAAUCCAAAGCAUCCACCAGCAUGGAUUGCUUCUGCUAGGUUGGAAGAGGUGACAGGGAAGGUACAGGCCAGUAGGAAUCUCAUCAUGAAAGGAUGUGAAGAAUGCCCUAAGAGUGAGGAUGUCUGGCUAGAGGCAGCAAGACUUAUGCCAGGGGACCAGGCUAAAGCUGUGGUAACUCAAGCUGUGAAACAACUUCCUGACUCUGUAAGACUUUGGAUAAAGGCUGCUACCAUAGAGGUGGAACUGAAGGGAAAGAAAAGGGUCUAUCGGAAAGCCCUAGAACAGAUCCCCAAUUCUGUAAGACUGUGGAAGUUGGCUGUAGAGCUAGAGGAUCAGGAAGAUGCUAGGAUUAUGUUGAGUCGUGCUGUGGAGUGUUGCCCCACAAGUGUAGAGUUAUGGCUGGCUCUUGCAAGACUUGAGAAUUAUGAGAAUGCACGUAAAGUGUUGAACAAAGCACGUGAGAGUAUCCCUACUGAUAGGCAGAUCUGGAUCUCUGCAGCUAAACUUGAAGAAGCAAACGGCAACAUACAUAUGAUUGAGAAAAUUAUAGACAGGGCUCUGGCAUCCCUACGUGCAAACAUGGUGGAGAUUAAUCGUGAACAGUGGAUCAAAGAUGCUGAAGAUUGCGAGUCUGCUGGCAGUAUACAUACAUGUCAAGUAAUAGUGCGUGCAGUGAUAGGCGUUGGUGUGGAGGAGGAAGAUAGGAAACAUACCUGGAUGGAGGAUGCUGAGGCUUCUGCAUCACAUGGAGCGUAUGAGUGUGCAAGAGCUAUCUAUGCCCAGGCACUAACUGUGUUUGCCAGCAAGAAGAGUAUUUGGUUGAGGGCUGCAUACUUUGAGAAGAACCAUGGAUCAAGGGAAUCUCUAGAGGCAUUACUACAGAGGGCAGUUGCCCAUUGCCCCAAGGCAGAAAUGCUUUGGCUAAUGGGAGCCAAGUCAAAGUGGCUAGCGGGAGAUGUGCCAGCUGCAAGAAGUAUCCUGGCUUUAGCCUUCCAGGCCAAUCCUAACAGUGAGGAGAUUUGGCUGGCUGCUGUUAAGCUUGAGAGUGAAAACAAUGAGUUUGAGAGAGCCAGGAGAUUGCUACAGAAAGCCAGGACUAGUGCCCCAACAGCCAGAGUGUUCAUGAAGUCUGUUAAGCUGGAAUGGUGUCUUGGUGACAUGAAGACGGCUGAGGAUUUACUAGAUGAUGCACUUAACCAGUACCCUGAUUUUGCCAAAUUGUGGAUGAUGAGAGGUCAAAUUGCUGAAGAGGAGGAUGAGCUUGAUAAAGCCAGGGAGGUCUAUAAUAUGGGUCUGAAGAAAUGUCCCAGAGCAAUCCCCCUGUGGAUCCUACUGUCCAGACUAGAGGAAAGGUCUGGUUACCUCACAAAAGCUAGGUCUAUCCUAGAAAAAGCAAGACUGAAAAAUAAUGCAUGUCCUGAACUUUGGCUUGAAUCUGUACGGGUAGAAAACAGAGGUGGUUUGAAAAAUAUAGCACAAGGAUUGAUGGCCAGAGCCAUGCAAGAGUGUCCCAACUCUGGUAUACUUUGGGCUGAGGCAAUAUUCUUGGAGGCUCGACCUCAGAGAAAAACUAAAUCUGUGGAUGCCUUGAAGCGAUGUGAGCAUGAUGCACAUGUUCUGCUAGCAGUAUCAAAAUUGUUUUGGUCAGAGAGGAAGCUAGGGAAGGCUAGGGACUGGUUGACUAGGACAGUGAAGAUAGACCCUGACCACGGGGAUGCCUGGGCAAACUUCUACAAAUAUGAGCUUCUACAUGGAACAGAGGAGCAACAAGAGGCAAUUAAGAAAAGAUGUAUCAAUGCAGAGCCUAAACAUGGAGAACUUUGGUGUAAAACUUCAAAAGUAAUAUCUAAUUGGAGACUUAAGUGUGAAGAAAUACUACCAUUAGUUGCAAAUGCACUUUCAGUGCCUACUUAAAAUCAUGAGACAUAGCCAAAUAUGGUACAGUAAAUAACUAUGAUACAUCACAAAAUGGAUUUGAUAAGCUUGUCAUGUUGAUCCUAUCAACAAUGUGCUGGGGAUAUUAUAUGACAGGCAUUUUGAAAUUGGCAAUCAUUUUAACAAGAAGCAUAACAUUAUCAAUUUGCCAUAAUGGUGUCAGUUUUCAUGUUUCGCCAGAACUUGCAAAGUUAUGAAGCAAUUUUGUUGAUUUUUGAAUGUGUAAAUACUAGUGGUGCAGAAAAUAGUCGUAGA